AUGGUCAUAAAUAUGGUAAAGAACCUUGAUCGUCUCUAUAGCAGGGCUGUAUUUCUCGGAUAUAGAAGAGGAAUUACCCUCCAAAACGAGAAUCAAUCAUUACUAAGAGUGGAAGGUGUAAAGACAAAAGAAGACGCCAAAUGGUACAUUGGAAAGAGAGUCGCCUACGUUUAUAGAGCUCGCACUGCACAAACCAAAAAGAACAAACAAACCAAAUACAGAAGCAUUCAAGGAAAAGUUAUUGCGGCCCAUGGAACUAAUGGAGUUGUUAGAGCAAGGUUUGCCCAUAAUCUUCCUUCACAAGCGAUUGGAAAGCUUGUCAGAGUAUUCAUUUAUCCAUAUAGACCAGCUAUAGCUAACUAA